ACAGCGUCAGGAAGCAGAGAGUUGUUUUCCCCGAGGGACCAGCGUAGAGUGCGGUCCAACAGUUCGGUAAAAUUCAGGUUUUAGAGACAAGAAGAGAGUCCAGUUCGACGGGAAAAUGUACUUCUUCGCCCUUUUUGUCCUUUUUUGGACAGGAUCGAUGGUAAACAGCGAGAAGCAUUCCCUCACUUACAUCUACACGGCCCUCUCCAAACCCGUCACAUAUCCGGGCAUCCAUCAGUUCACAGCCAUGGGCCUGCUGGACGAUGAGAUUAUCGACUACUUUGACAGUGUGAAACAGAAGAAAGAGCCCAAACAGAAGUGGAUGGAAAAGAACAUGGAGAAAGGCUACUGGGAGAAAGGCACACUGUCCCGCCAGAGCAAGCAGCAGUGGUUCACGGUCAACAUCAACAUUCUGAAGGAGAGACUGAGACAAAACGACUCGGACCUCCAUAUUCUUCAGUGGAGGCACGGCUGUGAGGGCGACUGGCACGACAACGGCCAGAUGAAGUUUGUGCGCGGCAUGGACAUGUACAGCUACGACGGAGAUGACUUCCUGUCCUUCGACAACAGUCACGCAGUUUGGGUAGCCCCAGUGAACGAAGCAAAAGAGACCAAGAGAAAGUGGGAUGACGUCGACGUCCUGAAACAAUACACCAAAGGCUACCUGGAGAACGAGUGCAUAAAAUGGUUGAAGGAUUUCGUGAACUACAGCCGAGAGGAGCUGAAAACAGGGCCUGCACCAGACGUGUACCCGUUCAUACAGAAAAGCAAAGUGGAGGGAAACAUGGUUUUGACGUGCCUGGCCACAGGUUUCCACUCCAAAAACAUCGUCCUGCGUAUCAAAUCGGAUGACCGCGUUCUGACUGAAAAGGAUGGAGUGCAGAGCUCAGGCGUUCGACCAAACGAAGACAACACGUUCCAGAGAAGAGACCACGUGGAGAUUGUGGAGAAGGAGCUGGCCAAGUACACCUGUGAAGUGGUUCACCCUCCGUCUGGGUUCCGUGUGCAGAGGAUUUGGGAACCUCCACGUGUUUUCCCUGUGGUUGCCGUCGCUGCAGGAGUAGGGAUUCUGCUCAUGGUCGGAGUCGUGGGUCUGGUGCUGGUCCUGCUCAGAAGAAGAUUGGCUGGUUGUAAAUUCACAAAAGGCCCAGGACAAAACAUUAACGUUGUGGUCAUUCCCGCAAAUGGUAACCACAAUGGUGGCGUGGGUGAAGGGGUCGAGGACCCACUCCUGAAUGGUGCACCACCUGCUAGUGAUGCCAGUUCUCAGAGCAGUAACUCCAGUGGUGGCGUGGCCAGCAUCAGUGACCCACUCCUGAAUGGUGUUAAAGGUGCACCACCUGCUAGUGAUGCCAGUUCUCAGAGCAGUAACUCCAGUGGUGGCGUGCCCAGCAUCAGUGUCCCACUCCUGAAUGGGUCAGAGGGGUCUCUGGACUCUGGCGUCUCCAGCAAGCCAGACUCCACGUCCGAGUCUGGGAGCGAAAGGAAAACGUCAGUGGCCGAACAUCAAGCUGAAAACGUCUGAACUUUGCUGCAGGAGACUCGUGAGCCUCAUCAGCUACCAACUGAAAGGAUGUGAAAUAUGUAAAAAUUAGCCAGCUGGUUCUCAUCAGAAUUACAGAAAAAAACAUGCGAGUCAGAACAUAUAGACUUUGUUUUUGCAAAUAGAAAUACACUUGUGUAAAUAAUUUUUCAUGCAUCUUAAAGAAACUUAUGGGUUGAAAGCAUUACUACUCUGAAAUGUGGUGGAUUUAUCUUUAUGGGUUGCUUGGGGUAACAGAGAUGCACUUUUGAAGUGAACGAUUAUAAUGACUGUUGAGGUUUUUCUUCCUUUUCUUCCUUUUAUCUUUUGAAAUCACAAUGAAAUAUUUGUGCCAAACAUGUAUCACAUUUCUCUGUCUGAAGAAUGUUUUUUAUAUUGCUUCUUUUGAAAAGAUAAAGACAAACAGUGAAACUGUUUCCACCAGGCUGUCGCUCUGCAGGCUUUUGAAGCUUUUAAAUCUUCCACUUUGUGUGUGCACCCUUGUUAAAAUAAAUUAAAAUCCCCCUCCCCAA